UUUUAUUGUUGCAAAAAUUAUAAUACGUUUUACAAGAUUGUUCAUUUAAAAAAUGUUUUAUAAAUAAUAAUAUCAGUGUUAUGUGUACAUUAAAUUUCGAAAUUACAAAUACUUGAACAAGAUUUACAGGUUUUACCCCAAAUAUUCACAUAAAUUUAUCGCAGACAAAAGGGAGUGUCUUGUCUGGGAUAAAUUUUAAUAUUAUUCGUUAAAUUAGACCUAUUAUCGAACACAGUUUUUAUUAGAAAACUUAAUUGAUAGAUUCUUAGACUUUUCAGAAAAACUAAAGUGAAUUCUAAUUUUUAUACCGUCUAAAUGUAAGGUACAUAAGACAAACAUAGACUAUAACUGUAGGAAAUAGUACUCUAUUGAAGAUACAUUGAUGUGUUGAGAAAAAAGAAAUAUAUCAAUAUUUGAAAUAAACUUAAAAAUAUUGUUUACUUACAGCUAUGUUUCUGCUUAUGUACUUUACAACGCAAAAUGAAUUUAAAACAGUGCUCAUGUCAUGAACAUUGAUAACUUUUAAAGUACAAAGAUAAUGAAUUUUAUAUUGUUAUAAGCUGUUUUAACUUAUUUUGCUCCUUGAUACAUGAAUGCGAUGACAAUUUAAAUUUGGAUAUUAUUUAACAUUAUAAUUUUUUGCAUUUCUUAUUUUAUAAUGAAUAAUUGUUGACUUGUGCAUGAAUGAUUCUUUUUAUAAAACUUAUACAUAUAUUAUACUGAAUUUGUACUUUAAAUUUGUCAUGACAUGUGUACUGUUUGAAUGUAAAGGAGUAAGUAUUAUAUGAAUGCUUCUUAUUUAAAUUGUGGUGACAUUUUACAAUAAAAAAAAUUUUUUUUUAGUAGUAUAAACAUUUUUAGAACAUGUAAUAUUUAAAAUAACAUAAUAAUUUUUUGUAUAGAUAACCAUGGAUGGGAAAGUAAAGUGAACGAAAGCGACCCAAGAAUUUGAAUCACUUAUGAAAACAUGAUGUCAUGUUCUGCAUCAACAUGAAAAGAUUAACAUCUGAGUAAUGUUUGGAAAUACAGAUGAUAAUUCACAGGGUGGACAUGUAAUCAAUGAUCUAGUUAACAUUGAAUUUAACCGCAAAUUGUGUUAAAUACAUAACAGUUUCUUUUUUAUCAAUUUAAAACUUAAACUUAGUGCAUUAUAAUUGACUUAUAUGGAUUUAACACAAGCAAAAGCUUACCACAAAUUUACAAUUACUUUUUUUUUGGGACAAUAAAUCUAAUUUUUAUUCCUUUGGUUACAGAUAGGAGAUUUCAACUAAAACUUUGGAUUAAAAAGUUUUUUUUAUAUACAUCACUUUAGACCAUGGCAGAACGUUAUAGGACAAGUUACAGAAAAAGCAAUCAUAAAGAUUCUAGAAGUGACAGGAAAACAGAAAGUGUUAGGGAACAUGGAAAAAAAUCAAAGGUGAAUGAUAAUGAUUCAAGCACACCACCUUUACCAAUAAUGGAAGAAUUCAGUAUGGAAGAAUUGUUGAAAAAGAGAAAAUUACUUUGUGAAAACUUAGAAAAAUAUAAAACAUAUUCAAGAAAUGAAACUAAAAUAUUAAAAGAAAAAUAUUAUGUUGAUAUUAAAACAGUUAAAGAAUCAUCACCAGAUUAUAAUCAUGAAGGCAUACAUAUUUCUGAAUCUGAAGAUGAGGAAUAUAUAAUUGAACAAAGACGUAAACAACGCAAACAACUAUUAGAUCAAUUAAAUAACUCUCAAAAUAUAAUCAAUAUAGAAGAAGACGCCAAAAUGCAAAAUAAUAGCCAAGUUGAUGAAAUAGAAAAUAAUGACAAUGCAAACUCAAUAAUAAAUGCAGUGAAAGAAACCACUGAUAUGUUUUCAGAAAAAGAUGAAUUUCCUAAAAAUAAAAACCCUGAAAUCAUUAUUCAAGAUAAUGAUAAGAAUGCCGAGUUAAAUGAUAAUUGGGAUGAUGAAGAAGGGUAUUAUAAAGCAAGGGUCGGUGACUGUAUUAAUAACAGAUAUACAGUUAAAUCCAUUCUAGGACAAGGUGUCUUUGCUAAUGUUGUUCGUGCACACGACCAUACAUUCAAAGGUAACGAAGUAGCAAUAAAAAUUAUAAGAAACAAUGAGCUUAUGCAUAAAACAGGUUUAAAAGAAAUGACUAUAUUAAAAGAAAUCAAUGAAAAUGAUCCUGAUGAUAAAUAUCAUUGUGUUAAAUUACUAAGAAACUUUAUUCACAAAGGACAUCUUUGUCUAGUUUUAGAACCAUUUUAUAUGGAUAUGAGAUCUUUAUUGAAAAAAUAUGGUAAACACAACGGUAUUAGUCUAAAAGCAUUGAUGAUUUACACUAGACAAUUAUUUUUGGCAUUAAAAUUAUUGUCCAAAAUUGGUAUUAUACAUGCAGAUAUAAAGCCUGAUAACAUAUUAGUAAAUGAAAAUAAAAAUAUUUUAAAAUUAUGCGAUUUUGGAUCAGCUGCCAAAGUCCAUGAAAAUGAACCAACGCCUUAUCUAGUUUCGAGAUUUUAUAGAGCACCAGAAAUUAUUUUGGGCAUUCCGUACAGCUAUGGUAUAGAUAUUUGGUCAACAGCUUGUACUAUAUAUGAAAUGGCAACAAACAAUAUCCUUUUUACUGGGGGAUGCAAUAACAAAAUGUUGAAAUGUUUCAUGGAUUUAAAAGGUAAAAUUCCCAGUAAAUUGUUAAGAAGAAGUAAAUUUAAAGAACAACAUUUUAAUUAUAAAAACAAUUUUUUACUCCGUAAAAAAGACAAGAUAACGGAGAGAGAAAAGAUUGUUGAAAUGAGCCAUAUUGUAAUUUGUAGAGAUCUACAGCGUGAUUUGAAGCAAUAUUUUAAAAAACUAACGUCCAGUGAAGAGAAAAAAGUGGUACAACUCAAAGAUUUACUAGAUAAAAUGCUUAUGUUGGAUGAGAAACAAAGAUUAUCCAUAACAGAUGGACUAAAACAUUCUUUCAUUCAAGUACAAAUUUAAAACAGAAAUAUAAUAAUUUUA